GCCUCGUCGGUGGAAAGGAGGUAGAACUGCUAGUUGAUUCAGGGGCAGAGGCGAAUCUGAUUUCGGAUACGGUGUGGACGAAUCUAAAGCGUGAAGGAGUACAAGUGUCACGAUCUACGAAAGGGAGCGACCGGAUUCUCAAGGGUUACGCAAAUGACAACCCAAUGAAGAUUCUUGGGACGUUUGAAGCAAGUAUUUCGGUUGGCAAGAGGUCGACGGAUGCUCUGUUCUUUGUGGUGGAAGGUGGGCAGCGCUGUCUGCUGGGCGAUAAAACGGCUAAACAACUGGGUGUACUCAAAGUGGGAGUUGACAUCGAUCACGUUGAAGCUGGGCGAAGUCCGUUUGCUAAGAUCUCCGGAGUUCAAGUACACAUUCACAUGGAUUCCCAAGCCAAGCCGGUGUUCCAGCCUGUUCGUCGAGUACCAGUAGCGCUCGAAGAAGCUGUUUUCCGUAAGUUGGAUGAGCUGAAAGCCAAGGAUAUCAUCGAGGACAAGACGGGUCCGGCAACCUGGGUGUCUCCUCUCGUAGUCGUCGGCAAGGCAAACGGAGAACCGAGGAUUUGCCUAGACCUUCGUAGGGUCAACGAAGCAGUUCUGCGUGAAAGACACCCGAUGCCAAUGAUCGAAGAUUUCCUGGCCAGGGUGGGGUCAAACAUGAUAAGAAGCAAACUGGACGUGGCUGACUCAUUCCUGCAGUUAGAAUUAGAUGAGGAGUCUCGCGACGUAACAACAUUCAUCACCACUCGAGGAAUCUACCGCUUUAAGAGGAUGCCGUUCGGGCUAGUGAAUGCGUCGGAAGCAUUCCAGAAGACGAUGGACGAGAUCCUGGUUGGCUGCGAGGGCGCUUGGUGGUAUAUUGACGACAUCUACGUGGAGGGCCGGACCAAAAUUGAACAUGAUGAGCGACUCAACAAGGUUCUGGCGAGGCUGAAGCACAGAAAUGUUCAAUUGAACCUAAAGAAGUGCGUCUUUGGCGUUACUCGGCUGGAGUUUCUGGGUCACACGAUCACAGAAAACGGUAUAGAACCUGCAGAAGGAAAGAUUGAAGCUCUGCGAUCGUUCCGGAAGCCGGAGAACGCGAAUGAGUUGAGAAGCUUCUUAGGAUUGGCGAGUUACCUCAGUCGAUUCUUGCCAGAAUUGGCCACAGUUGAUCAUGUGUUAAGGAAUUUAACUAAGAAAGGAGUUAUUUUCGAGUGGACCGAAGCUCAUGAUGUGGCGUUUGAGAAAAUCAAGCAAAUGUUGGGAAAUCCAACCUCGUUAGGGUUUUUCAAGGUGGGAGAUAGAACGCUGGUAAUGGCGGAUGCGAGUCCUACAGGCCUGGGAGCGAUACUCAUACAGGUGGAUGGUAAAGGAGAGAACCGGAUCAUUUGUUAUGCCUCCAAAGCGCUGACGGAAACCGAGCGUCGCUAUUGCCACACGGAGAAAGAGGCUCUCUCGUUGGUGUGGAGUGUUGAGAAAUUCUAUCAUUAUUUGUACGGAAGAGAAUUUGAGUUGCUAACGGACUGCAAGGCGUUAAUAUAUCUUUUCACGCCCCGCUCACGGCCAUGUGCGCGCAUUGAAAGGUGGGUGUUGAGACUACAAGGAUUUGAGUAUCUCAUAACACACAUCCCUGGUGAGAAGAACUUAGCGGAUGUUCUUAGUCGUCUUGGAACGCUCAAGCCGGUUCCCUUUGAUCAAUACGAGGAGAUUGCUGUUCAAGAAAUUGCUAACUACUCGGCGGACGCUGUCGCAAUCAAAUGGGAAGACCUCGUUGAAGCUUCCAAGCAGGAUGUUGUAGUGCAGGAAGUCAUGCGAGCGCUUGAGGAUGAUCAGCUGGAUCGUUUGCCAGUGGAAUACCGGUGCUUUUCCAACGAGCUAUGUGAAGUUGGUGAGGUGCUGAUGCGGUUGGAUCGUAUAGUAAUUCCAGAAGGGCUACGGGAAAGGACUUUGCAAAUUGCUCAUGAAGGCCAUUUGGGCAUGCGGAUGAUGAAAACAUCCUUGCGUGCAGUUGUCUGGUGGCCAAGAAUGGACAGCCAGAUAGAGACGUUUGUGAAGAGAUGCCGUGGAUGCACUUUGGUGGCAGCACCCGAUCCUCCAGAGCCAAUGAGACGGAAACAGAUGCCCUCAGGUCCAUGGGAGGACAUUGCGAUAGAUUUUCUAGGCCCUCUGCCGGAGGGUCAAUGGCUUCUGGUAGCUGUCGACUACUACAGCAGAUACGUGGAGGUCUCGGAAAUGCAGCAGAUUACGGCACACGAUACGAUUCGAGAGCUGAUAACAAUGUUUAGUCGAUUUGGAAUCCCACAGUCGAUUCGUGCUGAUAAUGGUCCGCAGCUUAGUGCAGACUGUAGAGAAUUCAAGCAGUUUUGCGAAGAACAUGGAAUAGAGUUGAUCAAUACCACGCCCUACUGGCCGCAGGCAAAUGGGGAGGUAGAAAGGCAGAACAGAAGUUUCUUGAAGAGAAUGCAGGUCGCACAGGAGCUUGGAAAGGAUUGGCGGGUUGAAUUGCGGAAGUAUCUGUUAGCGUACCACAUGACGGAUCACCCAACCACAGGAAAAUCGCCUUCUGAGCUCAUGUAUGGAAGACGUAUCAAAAGUAAGCUGCCAGUGCUGCCAUGCUUCGCGGAGACCAACAGUGCGGCCAGGGAUCGGGACAGAAUAGUCAAGGAAAAGGGGAAGGAGUACACAAACCGGAAGCGACGUGCUCAACACAGUGAUCUCAGCGCAGGUGACAAAGUGUACGUGAAACGAAUGCAGAAGGACAACAAGUUAAGUACAAAUUAUUCACCAGAACAGUUCGUGGUGGUGAGUAAGUUGGGAUCGGAAGUGGUUGUACAAUCACUCAAGUCGGGUCAGAAGAUAAAGCGCAACGUGGUCCAUUUGAAGAGGAUUGAACAGGAUCAAGGCACGGAACCGGAGGAAGAUGAUACAUUGAGUUUGAGGGAAGAAGAUGUCGAUGAUGGUGAACAACGGGAACCGGAAUAUGAUGAGACAACGAACAAUGAACCGGAAGUGCCAGAUAGUGAAGACCGAGGUGUGCAAGAGGAACAAAGAGGAAGAAAGGAGGAUGAACGGGAUGAAAGUAGGGUACCAGCUAAACGUAAACGGUUAGAACCAAAAAAGUUUCUAGAUUAUAUUCCCCACUGAGUUUGAAACCAGUGCUAUAUUGAAUAAAAAACGUUUGGAUCAAGAUA